UUUCUAACUAGUAGUAUAGAAAAAUGUUUUUGCUUAUUAAUCAUACACUUAGGAAUUAUAUUUUAAUGCACAUUUUUAAAAGAUUUUAUUUAUUUAUUUUUAGAGAGGAAGGGAGGGAGAAAGAGAGGGAGAGAAACAUCAGUGUGUGGUUGCCUCUAGUAUACCCCUUACUGGGAACCUGGCCUGCAACCCAGACAUGUGCCCUGACCAGGAAUUGAACUGGUGACACUUUGGUCCUCAGGCCUGUGCUCGAUCCACUAAGCCACACCAGCCAGAGCUAAUGAACAUUUAAGUGUGCCCCUGUUGUUGAGUGGCUAAAUGAUUUCUAACUUUUCACAAAUAUACAUAAUACUGUGAUGAGCAACUCUAUGCAUAAAACUUAUUCUUUAUUUCUUUUUUGGGUUCAGAGGGUAUGAACCUUUUGAAACUUGUCAAUAUAAACUGCCAGAUUAUCUUCCAAAAGAAUUAUACGGAUUUACAAGUCAUACUGUAUUAGCAAACCUAGUUCUGUUAUUUCAGUUUCAUGAAGUUGAAUCAUUUAAGACCCUCUGGCCUGCUUUAUUACUCAAUGCUAUCAGAUGUAUAAAGGGGUUAUAAAACAGGAUAAAAUUUUGAACAGUCCUUCACUAUUUUUCCCAUAAAUGUUCCAAGUGUGACUCAUCAUUCUUUUCUAUGCUAAUAACUCUCUGCUCACUUGCUGUCCUCUCUGCUUGCGGACAGCUGGACAGCUGGGCAGGCCAGGGUGCGACCAGCCUGUUCCCUCUCUUCUUGAGACAGGUGGCCCAUGGCUGGGGAAGGAGAGUAGUGAGCUGAAAUAGUCUUUAUUGAGCCAAAAAUGAGGAGUAACUGAAUCCCAUCCUGACCUUGACCACAUUGAUUAACAGAGAUUUAGACCCUCCAACUGGAAUGUUUCCUAUCAAGAAGCACUCCAGGGUUCCUAUGAUUACCUUCAGUUCUACAAGCUUCCCCUCCAAACUGUGAGAGUACCCGACUCUACUGCAUCCUCAGCACCUGGUACCAUGCAGAGAACAGAAUUGCCACUUUGGGGGAGUUCAAGUUUGGACCACUCUUCAUGAGGCUGUGCUACGAGUUGGAUCUUGAGGGGUCUGCAGUGGAGCUCAUCAGAGACCAGCAUUUACGAGGUUUCUUCUCAGAUUCUACAUCAUUUAAUAUUUUGAUGGAUAUGUUAUUCAUCAAAGGGAAAUAUAAAAGUGCGUUGGAAGUGUUGAUUGAGAUGAAAAACCAAGAUGUGAAGUUCAGCAAAGAUACCUAUGUCCUUGCUUUUGCAAUUUGCUACAAACUGAAUAGCCCCGAAUCUUUUAAAAUCUGCACUGCGCUGAGGGAAGAAGCUCUAAUCAGAGGAGAAGUCCUCUCCAGGAGAGCGUCCUGUUUUGCUGUGGCUCUCGCUCUGAACCAGAACCAGGUGGGAAAAGCUGCAUCCAUUUUUUCUCAAAUCAUGAAGCCAGAAAACAUAACCUGCACUAAUUUAAAUCUUAUGAUCUACAUCCAGUCGGAUAUGUUGGAAACCGUGAUAGAGAUACUAAAGGAUACUGCAGAGGGAAACUUAUCAAUAUUUGUGAAAAGACUUAAAUUUUCAGAAGAAGUGCUGGCCAAAGUAAGGGGAAAAGUGAAGGAUGUGCCGGCCCUUCUGGCCAGAUUUGACGAGCUCUAUGGGAAACUGCACAUAAAUGGCCAGGUCACCACUUACAGUUUGGAUGCUCUGCUUUGCCACACCCCCAAGGACCUGAAGUCCCACGUAGUUCUGUCCAGCAAGAGAGUAGCCAGCCGUCGGACCUUCCAGCCGCUCAGCCAGUCCCUGUGGGCUGAGUAACCCCGGGUCCAAACCCCUGGGGGGUGGGUCUGAGUUGGACGGGGCCUGUGUCCAGUGACUUAUGGCGGCGUCCUAAGAAGCCUGGCACCGAACUCCAGUGGACACUGUACUACCACUUGGUCUCCUCCUAAUCUCCGUGUUCAGUGAGUGCCGGCAGGCUGACCUGAGAGGUUAACGCAUUGUGCCACUUUGAAGGUCUAGGCAGAGGCAAGCAGAAAGCUCCGCUCCCUCAGAAAGGAGGCUGGCGCCGGUAAACUGUGGAGGGUCCUCGAAGGAACAUGGUCACAGUGUCCGGCUGCUGGUACCAGAGUUCCCAGUAAGCCGUGGUGGAGGGAACUGCACUGUAAGUGGUCAGCCCCGACCCCCUUUCAGGGGAGCGGCUGCUCACCGACUUCAGAUGGUCCGAGUGCCCCCGCUGCAGUGCUGGGGCAUAGCCCGGGAUCCUCCCUGUUUCUGUCCUCACUCACCGCGAGCCCUCCUUUUCCCACCCGUGUGAUAGUGGUGCCUGUGUGAAUCUGCAUGUGGAUUUGAAAUUUUCAUCAAGGGCCACAUUUCCUCAAAAAAUAAGAAAAAUAAAAAAGUUUCCCCAAACUUCUUGGGAUUGUAUUUUGUUUUCUCAGCAGCACAAACAAAACCAGAAUUUAGCUCUCAGAACUGGCAAGUGAGCCAGCAUUUAAAUGAUUACUGCUCUGGUCGUGGGCAAACCCUGUGCUUUUCAAAAUAAAAGUGCCAGUGAAAACC